AUGAAAAGGAACGUAUUCUUUUUUGAAAGGCAGCAAAAGAAAAUUAAGGAAGAAGAAGAACAAAAGCAAAAGCUCAAGGAAGCAAGAGUUGAAUAUCAUGCAAGCAGAGUUGCUGCUAAAAAUCAACAUUUUAAUCUUUUCCACAAUCAACACAAUAUUGUGGGAGUUGACAAGGCACCAAAGAAAGAGGUUGUGGAGCCACCAAAGAUACCAUCUGUUCUUGAUAAAGAAUCCAUACUUCAAAGACAAGCAGAAAUUGAUUCUGAAAUUGAGAAGGAGUACACCGAAAUGAUUAACUUGGGACAAUGA